GAGAGGAAGAAACAAGAACAAUUGGAAAAACAGCCACAAAAAAUAAUUGUGCAUCGGUUUUGCAUUGAUUUUCUGGAGAAAAAUAACAAGAAUUUUUGCAAAAUAUAUUAAACAAAUUAAAAAAACUCUAUAAAUAACAAUUAAAAAUAUACGAAAUAAUUAAAAACAAACAAAAUGUCGCAAGUGGAUCAAAAACGCGCUUUCAAUAAAUUGAAACAUGAUUUGGAACCUUGGCGCAAUAUUAUUGUACUGGCCGAUGCUGUUUUGGUGUGGGAAAAGAAUUUCUAUCCAGCCAUUAUAUUUGCCGGUGUCUCAGUAUUUUUCUUAGCUUUAUGGGCCAUGGAUUUAUCGAUUAUCACUUUGCUGGCAUUGGCCGGUCUUUUGGGCGUUUUAUUUGAUUUUCUUUAUCCCACCGUAUCGCGUAUUGUUUUCAAUGCAGAUCAAUGGUCGGGCAAACAGGAGGCUCAAUUCGAACAUAUUGUCAAUCAGUUGUGUAAUAUCAAGCUAUUGAUAAUGGGCUGGUAUGAGUAUUUGUUUGCCAAUAAGGAGAAGAAAUCAACAAUGGUGAGUUGA